AUGUCAGGGUUGCUGGGGGGGAGCUGCGUCUGCGCGAGCGGCCAGCAGCGCCGCGUUCUCGAGGAGGACUUGUCCUCAAGAGGAGCAUUCGCGCUGCAGCCGUAUGAAGGGGCAUAUAAGAAAACCAAGGGAAAGCGCUGGACCGAGGAGGAAACCCGCAAGUUUUAUGAUUGCUUGUCUUGCUGCGGCACGGACUUGCUGCUGAUAAAGACAAUGAUGCCGGGAGUAACAGACGGCCAACUAAAAAGAAAACUAAAAAUAGAAGAAAAAAAAAACGCGGCGAGGGUAGAGGCCGCACUCGCAACCAAACGUUCUCUCUCCCUGCAGACAUACGAACAGCUUCACGGGUCCAUCCGGCGGGAGCUGCACUGUCAGCCCUUCAACGACUCAGACGAGGAGCCGCCCCCGAGGGCAUUAGGAAAUAGAGUUGCUGCUGCUGCAGCUCCUGCUACGCCGUCCAGCAGCAGCGGCGGUCUGUUGGCGCUGCUGGGAGAGGAGACAGGAGGAGACACCUUGGGGGGGCCAGAGGGGACAGAGCCCGGGGGGACUGUCUCCUCAGCUGCGGGGGGGGAGGCCUCGGAGCCGCUUGACUCUUCUCUUAUGGCGCUGUUGGGGGCGGGGCCGUUCUAG